AUGGACUUCCACCUGCAAUGUGACAAGAUGAGCUCCGCUGAUGCAAGUGCUAUGCGGCACCGGUUGCUUGUUGGGCUGUGCUAUGACUCCAGCAGUGGCACCCACCAACGCCCUGAACAAUACAUGUUCUUGGGGCAGCCGGUUUGCUUUCAAGCCUGGCUUUGGCUGGUGGGUAUCUCCAAGAACUGGACGGUGAGACGUUUGGAAUCAAUUCUGGCAGGCAACUUGGAUGAGCCAGCAGAUGGCCGCCAGCAACGUGUCGUGAGGGACAAGCCUGGGACCUACAGUGCUGAUGGUUUCUUUGACCACCUCUACGUCCACAUGGCAGAACAUUUGGCAGAGUGCAGGCCUGAUGAUGACGAAGACCUGCUGAGUGAUGUUGAGGAUGAUCUGUCACUGGAAGUUGGAGAACCUCCAAUACUGGAAAACAAAGAACUUCCUUUGGUCUCACAAUUCGAUAAAUGGAUCUUGGGCAGGGGAUCAAGUGCAGACCCAUUGAAUGUGGUUGUGACCCAUUCGACAGCAGUGGAUUCUCGCCCACAGAAGUAUCUCCACCAGACUAAGCUUUCGGAGCUCUAUCAGCAGUACUUGCACAAGGCCAAGAUGGAGUCAGAGAAGCCAUGCUCUGCUUCAACGUUCUACAAGACAUGGAAACGAUGGCAUUCUGUCAUCAAAAUCCGCAAAGUGAAGCAGCAUGCCCGAUGUGAGGACUGUGCAAAGUACAGCAAGUUCAGAGCCAAAGCACGCACAGAAGCCAUGAAGGCAGAGAUUGAGGAGAGCUAUGCCAACCAUCUCAAGUCUGUCUACAAGGAUCGUGAAAUUGGAACAAGACUUGCCAGUGCAUCCAGGGCAUCUUUGAGGGAUGAGGCUGGCAUUCCAGAUGAAGAACGUGUUCUCUACAUCAGCAUCGAUGCGAUGGACGAGGGAUUUGAAAAAUUAUGGAAGCCUCGAUUGCACAAUGCUUGUGUGUUGGUUCACGGACUUGUGGAAUUGUUUUACGUGGUCGACUCUGACAUCAAAAAAGAUUCAUCCCUGGACAGGGCUGUUGCCAUCCUCAAGUCCCAAGGCAAACGGGAACUACCAAGGCAUUGCGUCAUACAGCAGGACAACACGUGCAGGGAGGGCCGCAACCAGCACUGCUUGGCUUGGGCAGGAUAUGCGGUGUCAUCAGGGCUCUUCGACUCCGUGACAUUCCUGUACUACAUUGUUGGUCAUACACAUUUUUGUGUUGACCAACGAUUUGUGGCCCUCUCAAGCAUCUUGAGCAAGGCAGCGGUGUUGCAGACACCCGAAGACUUUCAGAAGGAGAUUCAGCAUCAAAUGCGUCCCAUUCAUGCACCCUUCCUUGAGGCUGAGUACAUCAAAGGAGGUUCUUGGGACUUUCAGGCUUGGCUUGCACCGAUGCAAACUGAGAUGUCAGGCCUCACAAUCACAAAGGCUGACAAAUCAGUUUCCCACAGCCUGCGGAUCGUGAGGCGGGAAGAUCUUCGGCGUUUUCCUGGCAGUGACAAAUGGGAACUUGAGGAGGAUGAAAACUUUCAGAAAGAUCCCAGUGACUGCUUCCUUCUUGCAAAGAAGCGCAUGGCUGACAACUCUUUGUCCCAAAUGCCUGGGCUGGUGAUUCCUGCUGCCCUGCUGCAGCGAGCGGACAGAGCACCUUCCAUGUUGCCUUCCAAGGCCAACGCCAGGAACAAGAUGGCAGACAAGACUUUGGUGCAGUUUCGUCGCACAGCUACAGAAAUCGAGAAGACGCCAUGGAUGAUGCUUGACGCUGCAUCCUACCUGCGAUCUUUGUGUGACAGCAAUGAAUCGGGAACUUGGCCAAGGCCACCAGACCUUUACUUUCUUGGCACUGGCCCUCAGCGAUUGCAAGAGAAGAAGAGCAAGCCAAUGUCUAGCAAAGGGUCACAAGACUUUUUCUGGCAGGACUUCGCACCAGGAACCCCAAAGAAGGUUGUGAUCCACCGUGCGCCAAUGGUCCCAGAUGCAGCAGAAGAUUCUGAGGAUGACAUCAUUGCUGAUUUGGCUUUGCCAAAGGCGGCUGCACAGCCCAAGCCGAAGCCAAAGGCACAGGGAAAGGCAACGUCACAGGCAAAGUCAAAGGCAAAGGCGAAGGCAAAGGCAAAGGCAAAGGCCUUGCCUGCGCCAGCAGAGCCGCCCCAAGCAGCGGAGUUGCUCCAAGAAGUUGCUGCUUUGCCUGAUUUACCUGCACCAGUGCCUGCACCAGUGGUGUUGCCUGCUGAUGUUGAUGAGGAACCAGCACAGCAGCCACAAGAGAAGGUGUAUGCCCCCAGGAAAUUCCAGCAGGCACAGAUUCAAUACGUGAAGGAGCAGACGAAGACUGGUGUGUCACGCAAGGAUGCCCUCAAGAUGUGGAUGUUGUCGACUGAGCGCGCAGAUUUGCUGAAUGGCCUUCCUGAAAGCGAGUUGAAGAAGAGACGCUUCAUGUGA